AUGUGGAGGCGUUUGAUGGGCCGGACUCUAAUGCCCAAUCACUUGGUCGCCUGUGUGGAAAGAAUACAUAUAUCGAAGACAGUUCUGGUCCUGUUAUGUUCCUGAAAUUCAAGUCAGAUUCAUCUGGUGUUGAUGAUGGGUUCAAGAUGACGUAUUCGAGUGAAAUCAAUCAUAAAUCCAGUGGUUCUAAUAUCGGAGUCAUUAUUGGGGGCUCGAUUGGUGGCGCAUUUUUUUUGCUACUAGUGAUAAUUGUAAUCUGCAUAAACACCAAUAAGCUCGGCCAACGCACAGCAGCCAACGCCGUUCCCGUGCAGUAUCAAGUAGCUCUGGUCCCGCUGGUCAACAACUCCGGUCAAGCACCGAUCACCAACGCACUGCCCCCAACAACCUUCACUGGACCCCCUACUGACACAACUCAGGGUCCUGCCCUACCUUCUUCAGGGUACGUCAAUGCAGAAGCAUUGCCCAAGAAAAUUUGAGUGAGUGAGUGAGUUAAUACC